CAUUGGCCGACCAUUACACCACCAAAAAACUGCCCUAGCUUGCUCCUCGAUCCAUCAAUUGCAAGAGGAGCAAGAUACCACCACCGUAGCACCACACGCAGGUACGAAGAAGGCGACGAACAUGGCGAGGCUGGCCUUGGUAGCGGCGGUGGUUCUGUGCCUCCUGUUAGCGACAGGGCCGCAGGGGGCCAUCAGCGCCGAGGGGAUGGUGUCAUUUGACAAUUUGAUCAGCUGCAAGGUACUGGGCAACUGCGACAAGAACCUGGGCCCCGAGGCCUCCCGCCCAGGGAAACCCGCCAACGACUACACCCGCGGCUGCAACCCGAUCACCGGCUGUCGCGGCUGAUCAUAUCUCUCUGGUCGAUGUGCGCGCAAUGUCAAUGUCGCACGCGCGUGCAGGUACCAGGCCUCAGCGUGUGGUGCCGCGUGUGUGUAUAUAUUACACACAUGCAUUAUACAUUGGUCGUCGAUCGUUACUGUAUGCAUGGCAACUGAUGUUUCUUGCCUCGCAUAUCUGAGGUGUAUACUGAUGUAUGUGGCUCAACUUUUGAUGAUUAAUGUAUAAGUAUGACAACCAAAUA